AUGAUAGUGACAGUUCCAAGAAGCAACAAACUCUUAAGAUUCUCAUUAGCGUCAACAAAACGUUAUCAUUUCACUACUACAAGGACUUACAGACGAACCCUUUUUGGGUUUCCACAUGAAUUUAAAGAACAAAAAUAUACCCUUCACAAGACGAUCCAUGCGAAACCUAGAGAACUAUAUGAUAUAGCCUGUGAAGUAUCUCAAUAUUCGAAAUUUAUACCGUAUUGCGUUGAAUCAUUCGUUGAUGAGCGUAACUCAUCAAAUAAUAAUAGACCAACUGUUGCUGGAUUAAGGAUCGGGUUUAGGGAGUAUGAUGAGAAAUUUGUUUGUAAUGUUAAUUGUCAAGAGGUGAUAAAUAAGGAAAACAAAGAUAAUCGGUCUUUCAUUGUUGAGGCAGACUCCUUGUCUCAGCACUUGUUUGAUUCAUUUCAUUCGGAAUGGCUAAUUCAACCUCAUCCAAGAAGAGGAAGCGACUUCACUCGAGUUGAAUUAGCGUUGAGAUUUAAAUUCAAAUCAAGGUUGUAUAACGCUGUAUCAUCAAUCUUUGCUAGAAGUGUUACUAAAGUGGUAAUGGAUGCAUUUGAAAGAAGAGUUCAUGAUUUAAAGCGUUUAGAAAUGUCGAGAACUAUCUCGACAAUGAAAACUGUUGAAGCUGACAAAGAAUUAUAA